ACUGUAGUAGUCGUAUCUUAAAAAAAUACCAAUCUCGGGAACUACAUUAUUAACAUUUUCCCAAACUCUUUUUAUUUCUUCCAAGAUUCCUCCUAAUUGUUUUGUGAUUGUUCCCAUUGCAUUUGCAUUAUUAUCAUCACUUAAUUAUUCUAAUGUUGAUUACUUAGUCACUUCCUCCCCACGUACACAUGAUUAAUAAACAUUUUUACAGUAUUAUUAUCACAAACCAGAUCUGAGCAUUAUUAUAAAAAAAAAAAACCCAUUAAUUUAAAGUAAAAACAAAAAAUAGUGGGUCUAUAUCAAUAUAUACUAUUUAGAUGGAAAAAAAACAGAGUGAUAAUUAGAGAGUUAUAAAGACACUAUCAUUCUCGUCUCUACAACAACCCAUCUGGACAUUAAUGUCACAUUUCUGAAAUCUCUCAACUUCAUCAUCAAGUGGGUUCCUAUGAGAGUGACGACUCUUUGAUUGCUUCGCCACAUCUUUAUUUUCCCUCACUUUGAUUAUUAUUAUCCUUCUAAGUCAUUUCUCUAUCUAUCCAUAUUAUAGGAAGUUAGAUAGAUCUCUGUUUCGUAAGAAUGAGAUCUAGUGUUGAAGAUAACAAAGGAUGGAUAGGACCAGCGACACCGGAGAUAUCGAACGGUUUUGAGUUUCAGAAAGGUUCUAACCGGACACCAAACCAUCACCGGUCUACUAUGGGGAAGCCUGCACCGUCAAAAUGGGACGAUGCUCAGAAAUGGCUUUCUGGUGUAGGGUUUGCUCGUGGAGGUGGUGGAGGUGGUGAGAAGAGUAGUCGUCAUCACUCUAGAAGUAAUCAGCCGAGAAACUCUAACGCUGAUGAUCUUAGACUUAUAGCUUCAGCUUCACAAAGGGAACGUGAAGGAGAAGAUCAGUAUGUUGAGUAUGAUGAUGAAGAGAUGGCGGCGGGAAGGCCGGAGGUUGAGACGAAGAAUGUUGAUUGUGGUGAAUCGGUUUGGAGGAAAGAUAGUAGUAUCAAUCCAACGGCUGGGAUUAGAUCGGUUUGUGUGAGAGAUAUGGGGACUGAGAUGACUCCUAUUGGUAGUCAAGAGCCUUCUAGAACAGCUACACCGGUGCGAGCUACUACGCCGGUUGGGAGAAGUCCCGUGACUUCACCGGUGAGGGCUUCGCAACGCGGUGAGGCGGUGGGGAUUGUGACGGAGACUGUGAUGGAGGUUAGGAGGGUAGAGAGUAAUAUUAAUGAGAAGAGUAAUGGUUUUGGGGAGAGUAAGAAGGCGAUGAGUGCUAUGGAAGCUCGAGCUAUGGCUUGGGAUGAAGCAGAACGUGCGAAAUUCAUGGCUAGGUAUAAGAGAGAGGAAGUGAAGAUACAAGCUUGGGAGAAUCAUGAGAAGAGAAAGGCAGAGAUGGAGAUGAAGAAAAUGGAGGUGAAGGCGGAGAGGAUGAAAGCAAGGGCAGAGGAGAAGCUGGCCAAGAAGCUAGCGGCGACGAAAAGGAUAGCGGAAGAGAGGAGGGCAAACGCGGAGGCGAAACUAAACGAAAAGGCGGUGAAGACAUCGGAGAAAGCCGAUUAUAUAAGGAGAAGUGGUCACUUGCCUUCUUCUUUUUCUUUCUCAUUUAAGCUUCCCUCUCGCUGUUGGUGUCAAUAAUCGUCUAUUCUCAUUAUUUUAUUUAGAAUGUAAUCGUAUGGAUUUACUGAUAUUUAACGCAAAAAAAAAAAAAAAAAAGAUUCAAUGGUUU